AUGGAGCAGUCGCCUUUGUCCCAACAGGCACGGCCAGACGUGUUUCAACCGAAAGUCAUUAAACUCUAUGAAUCUCUUCUUCUGGAUGAUGAAGACGAAGCGGAGAAGCCCGAAGGUUUCUGGCGGGAGUUCUUCCUCCAUAAACCAGAUACUGCUGGUCUCCGACAACUCCUCGCCAAUCUGACACCAGACGAUAUGCUGCACCUCCAAUUUCGAACCCAACAGUUGGUGUCCCAUGCGAUCGCAUAUAUCAAGACGGGAAGGGGGCCUUCCGAUGAAGUCGCUCUGGAUACUUUGACGGUGUUUCUAGUCUCCGUAAUGACGAAACGAUACACAAACCCAAGCGCCGAUAUCAUUGCCAUCUUAACCGGCCUUAGCGACGCCGACGCGACUUUCGCGGACUUAGUAUCUGCCUUGGACUGGACGAUGCGAAAUGGAAGAACAUUGCAACUCAAGCUCCGUGCUGUAAGAGUGGCCUUGUCGGUUACAUCUGGAUCAUACCAGACGGGACUGGUCUCAUACUUCACUCAUAAGGAUCUAUUCCCUGCUCUCAUGAAGCUCAUCCAGGAGUCAGACGCAACCCAAGCCGCCGAGCCAUUCGUCCUCCUAGGCCUUUUGGCGAACUACAACAAAUUCGAGUUCCAGAAUCCUUACCAACUACGACUCAACGACUUCGUGAACGACGCGACUAUGAAGAUGAUUGUAUCUUGUAUUGGUACUGUCUGUGCCUCGAUUCGGGAUCGAUAUGUCACAGUCCAGGACGAUGCUCCAGAAGGAUGGUCGCUGGGGACGACUCUCACAUACUUCGGACUGGGCGGGCUUGCAUCUAGGCCGUCAACUCCAAGUGCCAAUUCGGAGGAAACGGCCGCUGCUUUUGCCUCGCUACCAAGUCCGGACGUUGCGAUCUUGCUGCCGACUUACGAUUUUGUCAACGCAAAUAAGCUGUUCUGCUCGAACUUUGUCCUGAGAACGGCAGACACCAAACUCCAGCAUUCCGCGUUUGGCAAUUAUCUUUCCCUGACUUCAUAUCUUUUCCAGCAUGCCCAUCGGUCAAACCGAGCGACUUACUAUACGUACAUCAGCCUUUACACCAUUCAAAUCCUUGUUGAAGACCCGAUCCUCGUCAAGCAUACUUGUAGCGAAGAGAGCAAGACUUCGGUGCGGUUAUGUCGGCAGAGACAACCUUUUUUGCCUGCGAUCAAAGGAGACCGGGAACUGUGCCCGAUUCUGUUGGAUCUCAUGAUCGACGGAAUCAAUCACAACCUAAGGCGACGACUCGAUGUGCAAUUCUACCUUCUGUGCAUCGGCAUCUUGUUGAGAAUUAUAUCCUUCAUGGCGAAGUCACGAACGAGAAUCGUUUAUCAUUGGGCUGAACUCUGGCGGUCACUCCUUUCUUUCAUUCGCUUCCUCACAUCAUACGCUUCCGACAUCAAACCACUUACCAAUUCCCAUCGCCUUGUCGAGUCCCUCACCGAACUUAUCGCGCUGUCGCUCUCUGUCGGAGAAUCAUUUCUCCCCGAUACAGCAUCCUAUGACGACUUGUUCUACAAGUUGGUGGAGACCGGCGAUACGUUGACGAAAUUCCGUGAUGCUUACAAUCUCCGGGUAUCUCGUUCAUCAAGCAUGAGUCACCCUACCCGCGAAUCCAGUUCCAUCGAAAUCUUGACUGGAGUGUCCAGUCAUUACUAUAGUCUGUUGGAAACGCAAGGGAAAGGAAAGCUACGAAGCAAGCACUUGAGUCCAAAGGAAGUAAGUAACGUCAUCAAGCAAGGGUAUGAGACUUUAUCGAUUCAAGGUCGAGAGGAUCUGGAUCAGUGGGAGGGAUAUCGAGAAGCGGAUCAUCGCGCUGUGAUGAAACGAGUGGCGAGAAUGGCUGUGGAAGACGCGAAGCUCCUCAUACAGGAAAUGUAA